AUGUUUCAUCGUCAGUUAAGCGAAUCUGGCUAUACCAAUGAUGGUAUUCAUGCUUUUUAUCGUGGUGAACGAAUUGAUUCUAUGAUUGCUAUGGCAUGUGAAGAUCUCGGUUGUGGUUAUGCUCGUGAUCCUUUUCGAGUCUAUUUUGCUGGUCGUAUUAUAGAUGGAGCAAAUUCACAUUCAUUUCAAGCACUUAAAGAUGGUUAUGCAAAAGAUGCAUUUCAUGUCUAUUAUCAAGGUGAAAAAAUGCCAGGUUUAAUGGUUGCAACGUUUGUUGCAUUAGGCAAUGGCUAUGCUAAAGACGUAUCUACUAUUUAUUAUUAUGGUCGCAAAACAGAAAGCACCAAUGCGUUAAUGUUUCAAAACAUCUAUUAA